AUGACCGGCACUCGUUAUCCGACGCGCUCAGCCCUCCCUCUCGGACGUCUCCCCGUGUGUUUUUUUGCUUGCUUAGUUUACGUUCGGGUUUCCAGUGAGGAACCUCAAGUCAUCGCAAGUGCGAAUGACACCGAAGGAGCGAACGCGUCUUCCAGGAUACUUGUGGGAUUUCAAGCUCCGUGGAACUUUUCUUACCCGUUCAGUGCCCAGCGCCUCGGCUCCGCCGUUCAGUUGGCCAUUGAGAAAAUAGGCAGCGAUCCGGCCCAUAUGCUUUUGGGGAACUACACGUUGGAGUUCAUCUACGCGGACUGCGGCUGCAACGCCAAAAGGUCUCUCGAUGUCUUCAUAAACCAGUAUCAGACUCACCAAAUCUCUGCCCUGGUGGGACCCACAUGUCCAGAAGCUGCCGAGGUGACCGGGUUGCUGGUCUCGUCCUGGAACGUACCAAUGUUCGGCUUCGUCAGCCAGACGCCGAAGCUCGAUAACACAUUUGUGUAUGACACCUACGUCAAAAUGGUGUCUCCUCUCCAACGCGCCUCCGAGGCUCUGAAGAAGACCUUGGAGUAUUUCGGAUGGAGCUACGUCGCCUUGUUCGGAGGAGCCAGGGUAGGAUCGACCUGGGAAAAAAUCGACGAGCUGUGGCUAUCUCUGGAAAACGAGCUGGUCGGGAACUUUACUAUCACCGCGAAGAUAAAAUACGACCCCGGCAGAUCAGAAAGUCUACGGGACAACCUGCGACUGGUGGCCUCUCUCGCCCGAGUUAUUAUUUUAAUCACGAGCUCGGUGGACGCCAGGCUGAUUCUCUUAGAAGCCGAGCGGCAGGGACUGACCGAUGGCAAAUACGUAUUUAUCAUGUUGCAGCAGUUUGAGGAAACCUUUUGGAAAGAAGCUUUGAAGGCUGAGAAAAAGACCGAUAUCCUGAAGGCGUACGAGUCCGUGUUUAUGAUCGCAGUAAACUCCCCUUAUAACAAUCUAUCUUUUAUGAAGGAGGUCUACGAAAGGCUGAAGGGACCCCCCUUUUACAGUGAGAUCGCGUCUGAAGAUCAGGUCAGUCCCUAUUCUGCGUAUCUGUACGACGCCAUCCUACUGUAUGCUUUGGGGCUGAAUCAGCUGAUAAAACAAGGCAAAGAUAUCAAUGACGGGAGAGCUCUGGUAGAAAGCCUCAAGGUCUAUAACGACACUCAGAUAUUCGGAAUCACGGGUCCUCUGAGUAUUAAUGAAAAUGGAGAGAGAUUUAUUGAUUAUGCGGUGUACGAUCUGCAGAACUCCUCCGGAUUUGUUCCCGUUCUGCUAUACGACAGUUACAGGAGAACAAUCAGCCCCACAGCUGCGUUCUCCCUCAUUAGCUGGCCAGGUAACACUCGCCCUAAGGACAGACCGAGCUGCGGAUUCGCUAACGAGUUGUGCAAAAUGGGGCUGAGCAACAUCCCCAUGACGGCUUUGAUAGCCACCCUUAUAAUAACUGCCGUCGGGGGGCUUUUAUUCGUCACCUUCCUUCUAAUUCAGAAGAGCAAGCUAAGGAAGAGGUUCGAAGAUGACAGCUGGUGGCAUAUAAACUACGAGGACAUCACCAUCCUAAACAACAAGAAUGGCCUGGCUUCGCAUCUGAGCACCCCGGCGUCCAAGCGAUUGGGGAGUAUGGGCUCCAGCGCCAUGAUUUCCAGUAACCAGAGCUAUGGAUUUACAGACAAGCAGGGAAAGGAGGUUUUCUACACGACGAUUGGUUUAUACCAGGGUAACAGCGUCUCUCUGAAAUACUUCCCCGAUCACGUCGAUACAUAUCGUGUGCGGAAGGCCUCUGUCCUGCAAGAACUGCGCAUGAUGCGGGAGAUAAAGCAUGAAAAUCUGGUGACGUUCUUCGGGGUCUGCACUGAGCCCCCCCAUGUGUGCGCCGUUACCCAAUACUGCAAGAAAGGAAGCCUUAAGGAUGUUUUGCAGAAUAAUGACAUCGAACUGGAUUGGAUAUUCAAGCUGUCCUUCUCCUACGACAUUGUAAAUGGCAUGGCCUUCCUCCACAACAGCCCCCUUCAUUCCCACGGAAACCUAAAGCCAACGAACUGCCUCGUGGACAGCCGGAUGCAGGUCAAACUCACAGGAUUUGGUUUAUGGGAACUCCAUUACGGGACAGACCUCCGGGACACCACCGCUAAAAAUGUCAAUUAUUCAGAACUCUUUUGGACGGCUCCAGAGCUGCUGCGUUUGGGGAUUUUUCCUUUCCAGGGCACUCAGAAAGGAGACGUUUACAGUUUUGCUAUAAUUAUGAGAGAACUGAUUAAUAAUCAUGAUGACGGGCCGUUUCAGGAACUCGCUCUGGACCCAGAAGAAAUCAUCAAAAAAAUCAAGAUCCCCGGUCCGAGCGUCCCUCUGAGACCUUCUCUCUCAGCGGAGAAAUGCAACGAAAGGAUUAUCUCCAUGUUGAAAAUGUGUUGGGAUGAGAACCCUGAACGUCGGCCGCCAUUCACGUCCAUCAAGAGGAGUCUUCGACGUGCCAGUCCUGAAGGACACGUGAGCAUCCUGGAUAACAUGGUAAACAAACUGGAGAAGUAUGCCAACCACUUGGAGGAGGUGGUGGAAGACAGAACGGCCCAACUGGUGGCGGAGAAGAAGAAGACGGACAAAUUAUUAUCCACAAUGUUGCCGAGUUUCAUUGCAGAGCAGCUGAUGUCUGGGAAGUCGGUGGAACCCGAGAGCUUCAGUUCGGUGACGAUCUUCUUCUCUGACAUCGUGGGGUUCACCACCCUGUGCUCCUCCUGUACUCCGCUGCAGGUGGUGGAUUUACUGAACGACCUGUACAGUCUGUUCGAUGAGAUCAUCAAGGCGUAUGAUGUGUACAAGGUGGAAACAAUCGGAGACGCUUACAUGGUCGCCAGCGGACUUCCGAUACGCAACGGGAAUCAACACGUGGAGCAGAUCGCCACCAUGUCUCUGCACCUUCUCAGCUCCAUGCUGUCCUUUAAAAUCAGGCACAUGCCGGCCGAGAAGCUGAAGCUGCGCAUCGGGCUCAACACCGGUCCGGUGGUGGCUGGAGUGGUGGGAGUCACAAUGCCCAGGUACUGUCUGUUUGGUGACACCGUUAACACCGCAUCCCGGAUGGAGAGCAACAGUCUACCUUUGCGGAUUCACGUUUCGGAAUCGACUGCUACAGCCUUAAAAGAGAUCGGGGGAUACGAUUUAAGGGAAAGAGGAAAUAUACAAAUUAAGGGAAAAGGACAACAAAAGACGUUUUGGCUGAAGGGUAAGCGGAGCUUUCGAAUGCCCCUUCCAGACUUUCCAUCAGAUCAGGAGGAUCUCCUGCCCCAGGCUGAGGUAGGUAAUCCCCUGGCGUCCAAAAACGAGUCGAAAUGUUAA